ACUGCAGUAAAAACUCUGAAGUCGCAAGUCAUUGUACAAUCUUCGGACUAUCGGAUCCGAAAAACAAUAGUUUUUUUCAGUCAUGUGAUCAUGAACACACUGAAGUUUGUGGUUGUUGCGCUAAGAUGUUUGAAGUAUUUCAAGUCAUAUCGGAUAGAAUAAAUAUCGAAGAAGACCCCAACACGAAAGCGGAAAUGAUGUAUGAUUACGAGCAUUCGGAAAAAGCCGUUCUGAAAUGGCAGCAACAUAUUUUGAGGCACGCCCAACAAAAUCUAGCCAAAGUGGACGCAUUUGCUAAGAUUCACACUGACCCCAGUAAAGCCGUUUGGAUUACAGACUGGGGACAAAAAGUGUUGCCCAUGAAAUACCGUGAAGAACAAUCAUCAUAUUUUGGCAAAAAGGGAAUCACAAAACUAUUACAAAAAAACGUGAAACUCAAACAAUUUCUUUAAAAACUCGUAAAUUUCCAAAAAAAAAUUUAAGUGACAGAAAUUUUGUAUCUUCUACAAAGUUCCAUAAAAUUUUCUAAUCUGAAACUUUGUCGAAAACUGCAGAGCUCUAGCGUGUAAGAAUAAAAAGUUGGUGUCGAAGCGCCAUCUCUGCGGCCAAAUCGCGAACUAAACUGAGCGUCAUGUUGAAGUUCUUAUUACACUGAGAAACUUUGCUGAAGACUGCACAUAGGUUGAAUAGAGUAUCAGAGUACUGGACAGUGUAUUCCAUGCAAAAAAACAUAGCAAUUGUAUUUUUAUAUGAAACCUAUGGUUAUAUUCAAACUGAAAUAUCACAAAAACACCAAAAAACACCUCUUUCAAAUUUUCAGAUAAUAAAGAUUUUUUGAAAAUUCUUUGUAAUGGCGAACAUCAUAGUUUAUUUAUUGCGUGCUGUGAAAUUUUCAAACUAAUUUACGUGUGAAAUUGUGUGUAUACAGUGGAAAUUGUGAUUCCAAAGUGUACCUAUUAAGGAUCUCAAUCAGGAUAAGUAGAAGUGCAGUAGUAACUACUACCUGUUUUGAUAUAAAUUUGUUAUUUCUUUCCGCCACUCACUGCGGUGUGAGCUGGUUUGUUUGGUGCUGUUUUUUUUUUCUAUUGUCUCUGUUGCCUGUGCGACGCCGUACGUAGCGUCCACUGUGUAAGGCUGAAAUGGAAUGUGUAAAGUGUAAAUGUAUUGUCUUGAUUAACGAUCUCGUUUGCUGUUUUCGCUGCGGAGGGAGAUUUCACUCUCGCUGCGGUGGAAUAAGUGGACCCUCAGUGAAAUUAAUCAAUGCAAGCGAUAAUGUUCUGUUUAAAUGCAACGACUGUCUAUCAGUUCAGAGUUGUGACGAGCAGAAUGUUUCAGUUUUGGAUGUUGAUGCACUAAGACAGGAGAUCAAACAGAUUUCAAGUUUGGUUGCAGAUAUCCAAAACAACAUUACUGCUCAGAUAGGCAACGCGUUAAAGAGCGGGAUGGAAGAAAUGAGCCUAAAUAUAAUCAGUACUCUAAAGCAAAGAGGCGAUGAUUUUGAUAAAUUUAUUAGUGGAAAAAUGGAUAUUAUGACUAGUUCAUUUUUAGAAAAUAAACGUAGACAGGAGUUAGUUGAAAUGGGCAAUAAUGUGUCGGAUUCUGAUAGUUUGAAUCGGAAUGUGGCAAAAAAGACUAAAAAACGUAAAUUAAAUGAUGAUGGUAAUUGCGCGAAUAACGAAACAGAAGUUUUAACUUUUGCGAGUGUAGUUCGUGGUAAUAUAAAAAAACGUAAGGCUGGUCCAGUCAUUGUGAUCAAGCCAAAAGAGUCCUCCCAGAGUAGUGAAGCUACAAGGGAAUUUUUAAAGUCGAAUUUAGAUCCGAAGACCCACAAAAUAAGUAACUUUAGAAACGGGAAAGAUGGCUCAGUUAUUGUUGAGUGUGCAACAAAUGAUAACAUAGAGAUCGUGAAAAGUGGUAUUGAAAACAACCUUGGUGAAAGCUACACAGCUGUUGUACCCGUUCCCCCGGUGCCAAGAUUAAAAGUAAUGGGUAUGAGUGAUCAGUAUUCUUCUGACGCCUUCAUUGACCUUUUAAAGAGUCAAAACGAGGCGGUUUCUAUCGAUAGUAUCAAGGUUAUUAGUAUGUACGAAAAUCCACGUUUCAAAUAUAACAAGUUCAACGUGGUAAUUGAAGUCGAUAAAAAGUCGUAUAAUAGUUUGUUGACCGCGAAAAAAGUGAAUGUUGGGUGGGAUCGGUGCCACAUCAUUCCAGCGAUUAACAUUUUGAGAUGCUUCAAAUGUGGAGAAUUUGGGCACAAGAGCACAGAAUGUAAAAACGAUGAAAAGUGCUCCUUGUGUAGCGGGCAACACAAGACAUCUGAAUGUUCUUCCACUGUAUCGAAAUGCAUUAACUGUUUAAAAUUUAAUAAUGAACGCAAAAUGAAUUUGGACGUUAACCACGCAGCAUCUAGCUCGGAAUGCUCAGUUUACAAGAAAUUGUAUGAGCAAAAAAAAAGCAGCCUGCGUUUCGAUAAAUAGCA